GGGUGACCCGGCCCCUAACGGCCCCGUCCCGGUGCCCAGGGAGCGGCGAUAGGCAGCUUCCUGAAGCGUGCCCGCGGGCGGCGGGUCUGACCUGCCCAGCUCCAAGCGCGCCUAGAAGGCGGUGCCCCGCUCUUAGCUAUGGGGGACCCCUCCGAGCCCCCCGCCGGGCAGUACUCCGGCCGGAGCAGUUUCCAGGCGUCCGACCAGCGGCGCAGUCUGGAGGCUUCGCAGCCGCAGGGCACUGACCCCGAACCGGCGCUGCAGACGCCGCUGUCGCAGCAGCGCGGCAGCCAAGGCCUCCCGGGCCUGCCCCAGGUGCGCUGGUCCCAGGGGGCCGGCCCGCCUGAGCACGAGGACUGGCGGCUGUCCCAGAGCGUCCAAGCUGCGGAGGCGCCCAUGGGCCGCACAGAGCACCCCAGCUUUCCCUUGGGGUUCCAGUCCCAUGCCUACGCGGAAGACCACAGGAGCCUGGCCGGCGAGCACACCACCGCCCUGAUGCUGCAGCAGCUGCAGCGGGGCCAGGGCGGCCUCCUCCAGCAAUCUGAGCCCGCCUACCACCCCGCGGGCGCCAGCUUCCUGAGCCAGUUCGACAGCUACCCGAGAGACCAGGCCUUCUCGCCAGGCACCCAGCACAGCCCCUACCCGAGGGACGACCUCACAGCCCCCAGGUUCUCGUUCUCGGAGCAGGGCUUCCUAUACUACAGUCCUGAGGUACCUGAGCCCCCGCUGCGGGAGCUGGCGGUACAGAACGCCAAGGCCUACCUACUGCAGACCAGCGUGGGCUCCGACCUCAGCCUGUACGAGCACCUGGUGAACCUUCUGACCAAGAUCCUGAACCAGCGGCCAGAGGACCCCUUGUCUAUCCUGGAGUCUCUGAACCGCACCACGCAGUGGGAGUGGUUCCACCGCAAGCUGGACACUCUGCGGGAUGACCCCGAGAUGCAGCCCACCUACGAGAUAGCUGAGAAGCAGAAGGCACUGUUCAUCCGGAGCGGCGGAGAUCGAGAGCAGGAUAUGGAGGAGGAGGCGACAGAGACCGCGGUGCCCAACAUCAUGGAGAUGGCCUUCCACCUGGAGCAGGCCGGCGUGGGGCUGGGCUCGGAGGAGAGUUUCCGCAUCUACCUCGCCCUGAAGCAUCUGGUGGAGCAGCAGCCGGUGCACACGUGCCGCUUCUGGGGCAAGAUCCUGGGGCUGCACCGCAGCUACCUGGUGGCCGAGGUGGAGUUCCGCGAAGGCGAGGAGGAGGGCGAGGAGGACGACGCCGAGGACCUGCUGGAGGGCGCCGAGGGGCUGGAGCCGCCGAGCAUCGAGGAGGAGGGCGAGGAGGACGAGGAGAAGGUGGCGGACGUGGUGCCCAAGCCGCAGUGGAAGCCGCCGCCCGUGGUGCCCAAGGAGGAGAGCCGCACGGGCGCCAACAAGUACCUGUACUUCGUGUGCGCCGAGCCGGGCCGGCAGUGGACGCGGCUGCCGCACGUGACGCCCGCGCAGAUCGUGUGCGCGCGCCGGAUCCGCAAGUUCUUCACCGGCCACCUGGACGCGCCGGUCGUCAGCUACCCGCCCUUCCCCGGCAACGAGGCCAACUACCUGCGCGCCCAGAUCGCGCGCAUCUCGGCCGCCACGCACGUCAGCCCGCUCGGCUUCUACCAGUUCGGCGAGGAGGAGGGCGACGAGGAGGACGAGGGCGGCGCGGGGCGCGACUCCUUCGAGGAGAACCCCGACUUCGAGGGCAUCCCCGUGCUCGAGCUGGUCGACUCCCUGGCCAACUGGGUGCACCACACGCAGCACAUCCUGCCGCAGGGCCGCUGCACUUGGGUGAACCCUCUGCAGAAGACGGAGGAGGAGGAGGAGCUGGGGGAGGAAGAGGAGAAGGGCGACGAGGGGCCGGAGGAGGUGGAGCAGGAGGUGGGGCCCCCGCUGCUGACGCCACUCUCGGAAGAUGCAGAAAUCAUGAACAUGUCGCCCUGGACCACCCGCCUGUCCUGCAGCCUCUCCCAGCAGUACUCUGUCGCCGUAGUGCGCUCCAACCUGUGGCCCGGGGCCUACGCCUUCGCCAGUGGCAAAAAGUUUGAGAACCUCUACGUCGGCUGGGGACACAAGUACAGCCCGGACAACUUCAACCCAGCCCUGCCAGCGGCCAUUCAGCAGGAGUACGCAAGCGGCCCGGAGAUCACCGAGAUGAGCGACCCCACGGUGGAGGAGGAGCAGGCCCUGCGCGCUGCCCAGGAGCAGGCCCUGGCGGCUGCCGAGGACGAAGAGGAGGACGAGGAGGAGGAGGAAGACGAGGACCUGGAUGACUAAGGCCCUGCAGUCCCUUUUCCUGAGCAGGCAGACAGCAGUUUUCCCUUCCACGUAGAUAGUUCCAGAUUGUAUUUUCACUGCCCUUUGCUUCCUGCCUCGGAGGUGCAGGGGUAGAAGACAAAUAAAUUUCCAAUGCAGUGAUUAA